AUGGCUCCGAAGGAUACCUUCUUCCGCUCGUCGGAGAUGAGCCUGACCCAGCUCUAUAUUGCCAACGAGAUCGGACGAGAGGUCGUCAGUGCACUUGGCGAGAUUGGCCAGGUUCAGUUCAGAGAUCUUAACCCCGACACCAAUGCCUUCCAACGGACUUUCACCAAAGAGAUUCGUCGUCUCGAUAAUGUUGAACGACAACUGCGUUACUUCCACGCUCAGAUGGAAAAAGCGGCUGUCCCAAUGAGGCCCUCGACCGACUUCUCUGAUACCUUGGCCGCCCCACUGGCCUCCGAAAUCGAUGAACUCUCGGAGCGCAGUGAGAGCCUCGAGCAACGUAUCGUGUCUCUGAAUGAUAGCUACGAGACCCUCAAGAAGCGGGAGGUUGAGUUGACCGAAUGGCGCUGGGUGCUCAGGGAGGCGGGCGGUUUCUUCGACAGGGCACACACUCAUACCGAAGAUAUUCGCCAGUCGUUCGAUAAUGACGAAGCACCUCUCCUUCGCGACGUUGAACACCACGCCCCCGGCGGUACAAAUGGCGACGCUCAAGGCCAGCAGAGCUUCACCGAGAUGAAUAUUGGAUUUGUUGCCGGCGUUAUUCCGCGUGAUCGUAUCGGGGCCUUUGAGCGCAUUCUCUGGCGCACUCUCCGUGGUAACUUGUACAUGAACCAGUCUGAGAUCCCCGAAGUAAUCAUCGACCCGACCAACAAUGAAGAGAUUCACAAGAAUGUUUUUGUGAUCUUUGCCCACGGAAAGGGCAUUCUUGCAAAGAUUCGCAAGAUCUCUGAAUCACUUGGAGCUUCUCUGUAUGGUGUGGAUGAGAACAGUGAGCUGCGUCGAGACCAAAUCCAUGAAGUCAACACUCGACUGGGAGACGUCAGCAACGUUCUGCGUAACACCAAGAGCACACUUGAUGCAGAGCUUUCCCAGAUUGCUCGUUCUCUGGCCGCCUGGAUGAUCAUUGUCAAGAAAGAGAAAGCAGUUUACGACACCUUGAACAAGUUCUCGUACGAUCAAGCUCGAAAGACCCUGAUUGCAGAGGCCUGGUGUCCCACAAAUUCACUCGCUCUUAUCAAAUCCACUUUGCAGGACGUCAACGAUCGUGCAGGUCUUUCAGUGCCCACUAUCGUCAAUCAGAUUCGCACCAACAAGACUCCGCCAACUUACGUCCGCACUAACAAGUUCACCGAGGCUUUCCAGACCAUCAUCAACUCAUACGGUGUUCCCAAGUAUUCCGAGGUCAAUCCCGGUCUCUAUACCAUUGUCACUUUCCCCUUCCUCUUUGCCGUCAUGUUCGGUGAUAUGGGCCACGGUUUCAUCAUGGCUCUUGCUGCGUCUGCAAUGAUUCUCUUCGAGAAGAAAUUGUUGCGUACCAAGCUCGAUGAACUGACGUAUAUGGCUUUCUACGGUCGUUACAUCAUGUUGCUGAUGGGUCUUUUCUCGAUCUACACUGGUUUCAUCUACAACGAUGUCUUCUCCAGAGCUUUGACCUUCUUCCCCAGUCAAUGGCAGUGGCCCGACAAUAUCAAGGCUGGUGAAUCCUAUGAGGCUACCCUCAAGGAUGGCUACCGAUUCCCCAUUGGUCUGGACUGGAACUGGCACGAGGCAGAGAACUCGCUUCUCUUCUCGAACAGUAUGAAAAUGAAGAUGAGUAUCCUGCUUGGCUGGGCCCACAUGACCUAUGCGUUGAUUCACCAGUACAUCAACGCUCGCCAUUUCAAAUCCAAGGUCGAUGUGCUUGGUAACUUUGUGCCUGGCAUGUUGUUCUUCCAGUGUAUCUUCGGUUAUCUGGCCAUGACGAUCCUAUACAAGUGGUCUGUUGAUUGGCCGGCGAUUGGGCAAGAUCCUCCCAGCUUGUUGAACAUGCUGAUCUUCAUGUUCCUGAGCCCUGGCACCCUUCAAGGAAAGCUUUACUCCGGUCAAGCAACCGUUCAAGUAUUGCUGCUUCUCAUUGCUGUCAUCCAAGUGCCCAUUAUGCUAUUCCUCAAGCCGUUCUGGUUGCGCUAUGAGCACAACCGCGCCCGCGCUCUCGGUUACCGGGGACUCGGCGAGCAGUCUCGCGUCAGUGCUUUGGAUGAGGACGGCGAUGUGAACGGUGGGGCCAAUGGUGCUCGUGACAGCAUGGCCAGCGACGGUGAGGGUGUCGCUAUGAUUGCCCAGAACAUUGAUGAUGAGGAACACGAAGAAUUCGACUUCAGUGACGAGAUGAUUCACCAAGUCAUCCACACCAUUGAGUUCUGCUUGAACUGUAUUUCUCACACUGCUUCGUACCUUCGUCUUUGGGCUCUGUCCUUGGCCCAUCAACAGUUGUCUAUCGUGCUGUGGAACAUGACUAUCGGCUCUGCCAUUGCCAUGGAGAGCCACGUCACUCGUGUCAUUCUGACUGUGGUUUGCAUCUACAUGUUCCUUGUUCUGAGUGUUGCGGUGCUUGUCACCAUGGAAGGAGUAUCAGCCAUGCUUCAUUCGCUUCGUCUCCACUGGGUGGAGGCCAUGAGCAAACAUUUCAUGGGCGACGGCAUUCCUUUAUUGCCAUUCAGCUUCAAGACCCUACUGGAGGAAGAUCCGGUAGACUAA